AAAAUGGGGGUAGUUGAAGAAGCUCACAACGUGAAAGUGUUGGGAUCGGGCACGCGGUUCAUAGUUCUGGCUCACGGGUUUGGCACGGACCAAUCCGUGUGGAAACACCUCGUACCUCAUCUCCUCGACGAGUUUCGUGUCAUAAUCUACGACAACAUGGGAGCUGGUACCACUAACCCCGAUUAUUUCGAUUUUGAGCGCUAUUCAACUUUAGAAGGCUACGCUCACGACUUGCUCGCUAUCUUAGAAGAGCUUCGAGUUCAUUCCUGCAUCUUUGUUGGUCACUCAGUUUCCGCUAUGAUCGGUACUAUUGCUUCUAUUUCUCGCCCCGAUUUAUUCGCCAAGAUCAUCAUGAUCUCCGGUUCCCCUAGGUAUUUGAACGAUGUGGAUUACUUUGGAUCGUUUGAGCAGGAAGAGUUGGAUCAGUUAUUCGAUGCUAUGGGGGCGAAUUAUAAAGCGUGGUGUUCAGGGUUUGCUCCAAUGGCUGUUGGAGGGGACAUGGAGUCGGUGGCGGUUCAAGAAUUCAGCAGAACCUUGUUCAAUAUGAGGCCAGACAUUGCUUUGAGUGUGUUGCAGACCAUUUUUCAAAGUGACAUGAGGCAAAUUUUAAGCCUUGUUACUGUCCCAUGCCAUAUUAUACAAAGUAUGAAGGACUUGGCGGUUCCGGUGGUGGUGGCGGAGUACCUCCACCAACACCUUGGCGGCGAGUCCAUCGUCGAGGUCAUGUCAACGGAGGGUCAUUUGCCGCAAUUAAGCUCGCCGGAUAUCGUUAUUCCGGUGCUGCUCAGACACAUUCGCCAUGAUAUUGCGGCUUGAGGGUGAUGGUGAUGGCUACAUUAUUGAGCUUUUAAAAAAAUAAAAAUUUGAAAGAGGAUCGCUAUUUUAUCUUUUGUGUCUGUUUCCUAGAUGACGAAAUGGGGUUUGGCGCACAUGCAUGUUCCCCUCAACUGUGUAUUGCUGGCUGUUGAGUGCAAUUUAAUUUAAUUGUGGUAGGUGAUACAACUCAAUCGUACUGGGCAUAGUCU